GAAGGUGUUUGGGCUUGCACCACGGGAAGUGGGGCGAAGGAAGAUGGAGGUUGAGGAUUGCGGAGAGGAUGCUCGGCGUAUCAGAAACAGAGGCCUGUGUGUGGACGAUGAUUUCUUGCAGAUGGUGGAGGUGGCAAACGGCUGGAUCGCGGACUUCAUGUGUUACUGUUUAUAUCGGUAUUUCAAGGCAGGAAUGUACGCGGAAUUCAGGCUGAUGAGGGAUACCAUGAAUGGUUUACUUCAGCACCCAUCCAUCACAGAGUCAAUUCAGACAAAGAAGGUGCAUAUCUGCCAAAUCCUAUCCCGAAUUGUUGAAGGGAAGAAUCUUGAUGUCCAAUUUGACCAAGAUGAAUCAAUAACUCCGUUGGAAUCUGCAUUAUUGGUAUUGAUCGAAAUGGCAGAUGACAAGCAGCUAAAGAAAGAUGCAUUAUAUUCAGACCUCAAGCAGUUGCUUCAAGUUCAGAGUGUAGCAGUCUGUAUGGAAAAGGGAGAUUUCAAGAGAGCUUCUGAAGUUCUGGAACGAGAAUUUCAAGAAAACUUGGAUUCAGAUCAGCCUUUAAAAAGGACUUUAUCUUCAGUUAUCAGUAAGAAAGAUCUGAACCAUAAAUUCCUCAACAAAUUCGAUAAUGAACGAUUAGUGGAUGUAGCUGCAUCACUUGCAAACAAACUACUAAUUAAGGAAAAGUCACAGUUUCUAGUCCAAGCAGCAACCAAAGUGGUGCAGUCUAGAAAAAGAGAUGCAGACGCAGGCAGUUCUGACGUUGAGAGUAUUUGUGAACACACGGAUGGAAAAUGGGAAGAUUUAUCAAGAGGAGAAACCGAUGACGAAGCAAAUAGUGCAGAACUAAAUACACACAGAUCUCGAAGACAGCUUUACAGUUUUGUUGCGCAGAAAGGUUGGAAACCAGUAAAAUCUGAAGCAGUCAAAGAUUUUGGAGGGAAAAGGAAAAGGUUAUCUGUGAAAAAGAAGAAAUUCACAAGUCGUGAACAUUUGGUGGGAAGUAAAAAGCAAAAUACAUCAUCUAAUUCAGAAGUGCCAAGGAAGAAAAGAGUAAGCACUUGAUGAAAGGAAAAAUCUGUACUAAUC